ACCCUGCUAAAAAACCUGUUUCGAGGAUACCAGAAAUGGGUGAGACCAGUUAGAAGUAUCAGCGAUACAAUAAAAGUAAAGUUUGGACUGGAAAUCUCCCAACUGGUGGAUGUGGAUGAAAAGAAUCAACUGAUGGCCACGAAUGUUUGGUUAAAACAGGAGUGGAAUGACUACAAACUGAGCUGGAACCCAGAUGAUUAUGGCGGCAUCCACACCAUUCGAGUUCCAUCUGAAUCAAUCUGGCUGCCUGACAUAGUGUUAUAUGGAAAUGCAGAUGGAAGGUUUGAAGUAUCCGUGAUGACUAAGGCAAUUGUGAAGUACAAUGGGACAGUGAGAUGGACACCUCCUGCAAGUUACAAAAGCUCCUGUACAAUAGAUGUCACAUUUUUUCCAUUCGACAAACAAAACUGUUCAAUGAAAUUUGGAUCCUGGACCUAUGAUGGAAACAUGGUUGAUCUCAUAUUGGUGGAUGAAGAUGUGGACCGAAAGGAUUUCUUUGACAAUGGAGAAUGGGAAAUCUUAAAUGCUACAGGAAUGAAAGGAAUGAGGAGGGCUGGAUAUCAUUCAUAUCCAUUUAUCACAUAUUCCUUUGUAUUGAGACGCUUGCCUCUAUUCUAUACAUUGUUCCUGAUUAUCCCCUGCCUUGGUCUAUCUCUUUUAACUGUACUGGUUUUCUACUCACCAUCAGAUGAAGGGGAGAAGCUAUCUCUAUCCACCUCAGUCCUGGUUUCACUAACUGUGUUCCUCUUGCUUAUUGAAGAAAUAAUUCCUUCUUCCUCAACGGUCAUCCCAUUGAUUGGCGAGUACUUGCUCUUUAUUAUGAUCUUUGUCACGCUCUCAAUCAUUGUCACUGUCUUUGUGAUAAAUGUCCACCACCGAUCCUCAACCACCUACCACCCCAUGGCCCCGUGGGUGAAAAAACUCUUCCUUCAAACUCUUCCCAAACUAUUAUGUAUGCGAGGCCACACUGAUCGCUACCACUGUUCGAAAAGUGAGAAUCUGAAGCAUGACAAGGUGAAGAAUGAUGAAAAUGCAGCUAUGAUCGCAAUCUUAGAAAAGGCUGCUGAAUCGGUGAGAUACAUCUCAAGCCACAUAAAGAAAGAACAUUCUAUUCGUGAGGUUGUGGAAGACUGGAAAUUUGUAGCUCAGGUCCUGGAUCGGAUUUUCUUGUGGCUGUUUUUGCUGGCAGCCAUUCUAGGAUCAGUAUUGAUGUUUGCUCCAGCACUUCAAAUGUGGGCAAGCAUUGUGAUAAUGCCCAGUGCAAACUAUCACACUUAG